AUGACGUCACUAGGACCGAUCGCCUCCCCCAAUGGCCGGGCCCGGCGCUCCCGUGCCUCCAGAGCUGCCCCAACAUGCGGACUGACCCCGCUGUGCUGUCGCCCAGGCCGGCUCUUCGCCCCCGAGCUCGUUGGCCAGGAGGAGGCGUGGCGGGGAGACCAGCUGUCCUCCCAGCUCUACAGGAACAAGCAGCUUCAAGACACUUUGCUUCAGAAGGAAGAGGAACUUGCUAGGUUACAUGAAGAAAAUAAUAACCUCCGACAAUACCUGAAUUCUGCCCUGGUUAAGUGUUUAGAAGAAAAAGCUAAGAAAGUGCUAUCCUGCCAUGGCCAAAAAACCUCUACUAUUCUCAAAAACACCAAAAGGAGAUUAAAAGAGGACUACUGCUUUGCUCAUCAAGAAACUCCUCAUGCUUCUAAAGCUAGAAGGAACCUCUUUAAUGAAUUCUCUGCCUGUGAAGAGCAAGCCAGCCCUGCUGUGGACAGCUGGGUCUUGGAGACUUUAGGAUUAAAAGACGUCAACACCAUUGAUGAAUCUUCAGCUAACUACAGUGCCUUGACUUCAGACCUUGGAAAAGACACAUACUGCCUUAGCCCUGGUGAAGCCAUCAACUACAACCACAGUGAAGCAGUGGCAGCAGCAUACAGCUGCAGCCACAUGCCUCCUGCUGACAGUACCCAUCCAUGCAGUGAGGACUCUUCCUUCCUUUCUCAGUUUCCUUCAGCACCACACACCUCCUCACCAGAGCCAAGCAUUUCCUCCCUUCCAGCCUAUGAGUUACCAUAUUUGACUAACAGUUUGUCACCUAACAAAACAGAAGUGGCCUUCACAACAUUUCUAAGUCCUCACCGCAAUGUGAGAACACACACCUUCCAACAAGGACAAGCUUUUGUGCGCAGAGAAGAUGAUGGAGGAUGGAGAUUCACCUGGGUGCCUAAACAGGCUGAAUAAGGCACCUGUGUCAAGGGUCAGCCAUGAGGGAUGUAGGAAGCAGACACUUCAUCUUGUGCUCAAGACAAGUUCAGCCAGCAGAAAGAAGUCCUUCUGGGCUCUGUUAAAUGCUGCUUUUACACACAUGCUCAUUAUUCCCUCCCAGAUUUUCACAGGUGUGGCUUCAGAUCACAGUGGGACACGCAUCUGCCCUGGGCCAGACGUACAGACAGGACGUACUUCUCUUGUGCCUGUGUUGAGAAGCGUGUUUUUUUUCUUGCACUGUGUUUUUUCUAUCAUCAGUCAUUCCUUGUUAACUGAUGAUUGUCAGCCUCAACUACUUUCAGCACUGAUGAUUGCUCCCAAAUUCAUCAAAGCGGAAGGGACUGGAGAAUACACUUUGGAAACAGCAUCUCUCUGACAUUCACAGAUGACAGAAAUGACAUAAAUCUCUGGCUGAGGAUCAGCAGUGUCUGAGUGAUUUGGGUCUCUCUUAGCUACAUAGAUUGCCUUGGAUUAAGGCAACCCGUGCUUUUUUGUUUGUAUGUUACAUUAGGUUGACCUACUCACAGUCACAUGGUACUGUCAUUUUUUGAGAGCACUUCAAAAAAAGAUAAGACUUGCUUCUAUUGCCUGAAGGCUACAUAAUUGCAAGGGAUUCAUCAAAUUUAGGAGUUUUUCCUGUGGUAUGAUUAAAAGUGUUUUCUCUGUUAUGUUUUAAAAUGUUUUAUUUGCCAGAUAAAAGGAGUUUAAGAAGUUAGAGCCCUGUUUCUCACCAACUUAAGCAACAGAACAAGAACUAGAUUUGGAGAUGCAGUUGGAAUAGUGACAUUACCACCACCAGGCAAGGCCCUGGCCCAUUGUAUUUGUGGCAGACAUUCUCUCAUCUGCGGUUAAUGCACAUCAGAGCACUUCUUUUGCAAAGGAUGCAUUCCCCUCAGCUGCACCAUCCCACUAGUCUUUUUACCGAUUUUCUUCCCAUUCACCAGCUGAAGACUGGAUGCUUUCAUAGAAGGAAGCCAUUCCUGGCUUCAAAAGUGCUUUGUACAGCUUCAUUUGGUCUAUUUUGACUUGUGAAACCAGAGGUUUUGUUUCUAGGGAACAACUUGUUUACUUUUUUGUCCUGAUUUAUGAGAUUGUACAGAGAUUUACCUGAAGUCAACCUCAGCCCAGAGUAAGGACUGCUUCCUCUUUCCAUUGUAUCCUUCAUGCUUCCUGUGGGAAAUGUUUACAUUUCUCCUAGCUUGGGGAGGCAGUAUCACAUAGUGGUUAGCGUUUGGAAACUAUAACUUUCAGCACCAUCUCUUACCUCUCCAUGUCUCUGUCAGGCAGUAGAGACAGGCAGGCAUAGCUAAAACUAUGACUGCCUUAAGGAUGCUUUAAAAACCUCUGACAAGAAGGUGCUCCAGCACU